AUGCUCACUUUUCAUAAUGUCUGCUUAGCACCCAGUUCCUUCCAGCUGACUGGCAUUCCAGGACUGGAGUCCCUGCAUACCUGGCUCUCCAUCCCCUUCAGCUCCAUGUACCUGGUAGCUGUGGUGGGGAAUGCCACCAUUCUGGCUGUGGUAAGGGUGGAGCAUAGCCUGCACCAGCCCAUGUACUUCUUUCUGUGCAUGUUGGCUAUCAUUGACCUGGUUCUGUCUACUUCCACUAUGCCCAAACUGCUGGGGAUCUUCUGGUUUGGGGCUGGUGAUAUUGGGUUGGAUGCCUGCUUGGCUCAGAUGUUCCUCAUUCACUGCUUUGCCACAGUGGAGUCAGGCAUCUUCCUUGCCAUGGCUUUUGACCGCUAUGUAGCCAUCUGCAACCCACUCCAUCAUACCACAGUGCUCACUCAUACUGUGGUGGGACGUUUGGGGAUGGCUGCCCUCUGCCGGGGUGUCCUCUACAUUGGACCCCUGCCUCUGAUGAUCCGCCUACGGCUGCCUGUUUACAAAACCCGUGUUAUCUCCCACUCCUACUGUGAGCACAUGGCUGUGGUCACCUUGGCAUGUGGUGACAGCAGGAUCAACAAUAUCUAUGGAUUGAGCAUUGGCUUUCUGGUCUUGAUCCUGGAUUCAGUGGCCAUUACUGCCUCCUAUGUGAUGAUUCUCAGAACCAUGAUAGGGCUGGCUACUCCUGAGGCCAGGCUGAAAACCCUGGGGACAUGUGGUUCCCACAUCUGUGCUAUCCUGAUCUUUUAUGUUCCCAUUGCUGUUUCUUCCCUCAUUCACCGAUUUGGUCGCCAGGUGCCCCCUCCAAUCCACACCUUGCUGGCCAACUUCUACCUCCUAAUUCCUCCAAUCCUCAAUCCUAUUGUCUAUGCAGUCCGCACCAAGCAGAUCCGGGAAAGACUUCUCCAAAUUCUCAAGACAGAAACUAAGAUCAAAUGACUAAUACUUCUCUUAAAUAGGCUCAUGGAGAAAGCACUUAAAUAUGGUGGGCAGUUUCCCAUUUGGGAACUCUAGAGAGUCUGAG